GAACGAUUGGCAGCGCGGAUGCGCUCCCAGCCGCCUUCGUGGGCGACCACAGCGCCGCGAACGUGGGUUGGGGCAUGGCCGACGGGCACGCGCAUGCAGCGGUGCACGACUUGCGUGCUUGGCUGUCCAGGCCAAGGGAGUCACAACGUCACGCACUACAUCAAGGAGUGCAUGCACCUGAGGAGGAUGGCCGAGAGAGUUCUGCGGGCGCCGCUCCCCAGCUCCGUGCGGCGGCGGCUGGGGCUGGUGAACGGGGACGCCGCCCAGCCACCGCGUCCGGCAUCUGUGGUCGCCCUCCUCACGCGCUGCCGGCUGAUCCUGCAGGAGUGGCGCCGCUGGGAGGUAGGUCUCGACUCCCUCCCUGGGCUCGGGGCCGCGCAGAAGCGGCCCCGGGCGGGGCAGCGGGACCUGACCGUGGCGCCGCUCCAGGUGAUGAGCGGCUUCGGCGGGGGCGGCAAGCAGGAGGACCAGGCCAGUCACAGGAUCCUGCAGGCUGAGAUGCUCCGGGGCGUGUUCCCGCCCGUGGACGUCUCCAGCUUCAGUCAGGAGGAUCGGGGACCUCAGCGCUUCACCAACAAGCCUGCAGGCGGCGCACGGCGGGGAGAAGACGGUGGAGAUGGACGACCGGCCCGGCAAGAAGCCCAGGCGCGAGCGGGCGGGCGGCGGAGGCGGCCCGGCCACGACGGCAAAGGCCGCGCAGAAGCGCGGCGGCGCUGGCGUGCUGGAGAAGUUCCGCCGGUCUGCGAAGCCCCGGUAGCGGAUGCGGACGCCGUCUCGGCGCAGAGGCGGCCGAGGCGUCGCGCACCGCCCGGCGGUGCGCCUCCCUGGCUGGCGGUGCACGCCUGGCCGGCCGUGUGCGCGGGGGUAAGCGCGCGGCCGAGGUUUGUGCUUCCUUCUUCUAUGCAUGGCCGCUGCUUCCCAAGAGGUGCGAGCUUGUGUUCCGCGCCUCGUGGCCGCUCUGCUUCCGCUGAGGCUCUCUGCGCCCUUCGAUAG